GGAUGCGUUUGAUUCCCGAUAUGCAGGAGACAAGUCAACAAUAGCGCUGCUGGAUCGAUCGAUCCCGCGAUUCCCACCGGAUUCAUGCGACCGACCCUGCGACCUUUAUGAAUCAUAAAGCAGAGGAAUUGUCUGUGGGCUCGGGUGUCACUUCAACAUACAGACUCUGCCGGCCAAUUUCUCAUCGAGUUGGUUUGCUUUCUGCUUGGGUUACUGGAGUAUGAAAUUGGAGAGUAGAGUGGGAGGAUUGGCCGGCUGAGUCUUCGGCCAUUCGGAUGUGGACCUUUGCAGGAUCGUUUGUUAUGGCCUUUAGCUCGUGGGCUUAGGGUUUAAGAAAGCGGUGUCGGGAUUGGGGUGAUUGGAAACGAUGAAGAGAAUUGGGGGGCACAGUUGGAUCGCGAUGGAUCUGGUGAUGCUGGCCGUGUUUUUUCUUCUUGGUUUGGUUGCGGGAGUGGAAAGUAAGACUGUGGAACCGUUUCGGAGAGAUGUCGGCCAUCCGCAGUGGCACCAUGGCACUUUCCAAGAUGUUAGUGAUAUGGUCAAACGAGAAGCUCAUCAUCUUCUUCACUCUCGUGCACGGGUUCCAUUCCAUGUUCCUCUCGAGAUCAACGUCGUUUUAGUUGGAUUCAAUGGAGAUGGCGGCUACCGCUACAGUCUAAACGCUGGAGAGCUGAGUAACUUCAUGAAAAGUACUUUCCCAACUCACAGACCAGCAUGCUUGGAGACAGGGCUGCCACUUGAUAUCGAACAUGACCUUUACUACAAUGUUAUUCCGGUGGGUCAGCCUGAACUUAUCACGUUGGAGUGGGAAAUCAAGAAAAACAUGGUUCUUGCCGGCACUGCAAGAGAGAAUGAGUGGGGAAGAGAAAUACCACUAUACGAGGUGGAGGCAACCAUAUUAGAGACCAGCAUUCUUGAUCGACUCUAUACUUUCCUGUUUGGUUAUGAAGCAUCUUCUCACAGUAGUUCUGAGCUGAACAAACCUGUGCCAAAUGCGAUAUUCAUCUUCAAUUUCGACAAGGUCAGAAUGGAUCCACGAAUAGAUCACAAUCAAUCUACGUUACAUAUGCAACUUUCUGAUAGAAUUCAAGAGCUCACACCCGAAGAAUUAGCUCAGCAAGAAGGAGGUUAUACUUACCGCUACAGGUACAACGGCGGGGCUGCAUCACAAGUUUGGCUUGGUUCUGGAAGAUACGCAGUUAUUGAUCUAUCUGCUGGCCCAUGCGUUUAUGGGAAGAUAGAGUCAGACGAAGGCAGUGUUGGUUACCGGUCAAUCCCUAGACUGCAGCACUUACUUUUUCCAAGAAGGCGAGACCCAGUAAGCAAGAAAGACACUGAGGAAUCUUUUCGUGGCCUGCUUUCUUCUCUCAUUGUUUCAGCGAUUGAGCACGUCAUAUCUCCGGAUGUCAGAUUUGAAUACGUGGAUCCUGCAAUGCGCUUGCUAGUUCCUGUAAUUGUGAUGCGAAAUCACAAUCAGUACAAUCCAUUGCAACCUGGCACCAACUUUUCAAUAAACAUGACCAACAUCGAAGAAGAAGUACGGAAGAUGGUACCUCCAGGACAGGAGGUCGUAGUUGUUGGAGGAGUUCACAAUCUACAUGAUCACGAGAAGUUGGCCAUUGCAGUAGUUAAAGCUCUGAGAAGUCAUUCUGUUCACGAGACUCGUAGAGAUGGUCGCUUCCAUGCACGUGCAAGAACUUACCUCGACGGAGCUCUUCUCAGAGAGGAAAUGAGACACUCGACAGACGUGCUAGCUGCUGGAUUGCUUGACGUUGCGGACCCAUCUCUUUCAUCCAGAUAUUUCAGGAACGAGAAUCCACAAAGGUGGGGAGCAGAUAUAGACAACACCACAGAGGAAUCCGUUAUCCAGUCAAGGCCUGCCAGGUGGGGCACGCAAUUUCUCACCAAAGAUAAAGAGGCAAAAAAGAAGGGCAGCCCUAAAAAACUCAAAGGAGGACUGGCGGUAGAGAAGUCGUAUGGCACACGAGUCAUCCCUGUAUUCGUGCUCUCGCUGAAUGGGGUUGACUCUGAGCUUUUGAUGGAGGGAGAAGGCCUGAUGUGGUCUAGCCAUGACUCAGUGUUUGUUUUGCAGCACAACAACGAUUCGGUGCCCUUGAGCUAUGUCUCUGAUACAAAGAGGAGGGAAGCUAUUGCGAAUGCACCCCAGCGACACAUAAUAGCAGGAUUGGCAUCCGUCGUUGGAGGACUAGGGGCACCUUAUGAAAGAGCAUCGCACAUUCAUGGACGUCCUAUGCAUAAUUGGUUGUGGGCAUCAGGACAUCAUCCAUUUGGUCCCUUUUCGAACACUUCCAGUAUUAGCCAGUUGCUCGUAGACACAGCUCUGCGGAAUACAAUAUACUCUCGUGUGGAUAUGGCUCUGCGGAAGAUUAGAGAUGCAAAUGAGAAAAUUCAGGCUUUCACUAGUGAGUACCUGCAGACUCCUCUAGGAGAGAAAAUUAAAGGUCAACCAAAGAAGCCUACAGUGGAGCUAUGGUUGGACAUGUUUUACAAGAAGAGCACUCCUCUUCCACAACCUGUCCCCCAGAAUGCAGUCGACCGUCUAGAGACUUAUCUGGAUGGCUUGGAGGAUCAGCUGGUAAAUCUUGCAGCACAGCUUUAUGAUCAUCGUCUGCAAGAUGCAUUCAAGAACUCUACAACGGUGGUUCGGUCAUCUUUAUUUGUUCAAGACUAUGUUGACCACGUGCUCUGGAGAGAGAAAGAGAACAUGAGAUGUUGCCGUGUGGAGUAUAAUUCACCCCAGGGUUCUUCACAGGCAUUUGUGUAUGGAGGAAUCUUAGUAGCCGGCUUCUUGGUCUACGCCCUCGUUAUUAUUUUCUCAUCCCCUGAGCGGUAGCUGAUAGUUCUUGACCAUAAGCAAUGUCUUCUAGGAGCAUUUCACCAGGAGCUCAUCUUCAUGGUACAUCCUCGUCAAAUGCCUCUUCCAAUACAUUACCUUGCCACAGUGCUGACUAGUCAUAGCUCAUCUUUCGAAGCACUAAUCUUCAUGUUACGUAUGAUGAGGAUGAUUGCCCCUACUGUCUCCAGCCCAUGCAGGUACGUGAUGUUGCCUGUUAUCUUCCCAUGGAUGGGUUCAAGGUAAAGUAAAUUGAACGUCUAUGUUUUGUCAUCCCUUUGACUACAAAUACGAGAUUUCACGUUUUUCGAAACUGUAGCAAAGAGUCAAAUUCUGCUGCACCGUAUUCAGCUGCAGCUUCGGAUGAGUUACCGGUUCCUAGAGUAACGUAGUUGAUUCUACUCAAACGAGGCAAUUAAGAUUGCUGACCUCAUGUAAUGCAAGCUUUGAGGUGCCCUUGAAAAGGAGCUUCCCUGCGUUGACCAUGGGCCAACUGAGAAAGUGACUUCCUGUUGUGUUCAAAUGCCUCUCGUGUUCAUGACUCUACGUACAGUUUGCACUGGCAUUGUAUGGUCACAAUGAGAUCCCAACUCCAAGUCUUGAUGGAAAGGCGAGGAAGGAGCAUGUUAAAAGUGCGUGAAACGGAUGUGUUUGUAUCUUAGUGCAUUGUGUUCGAAGAACCGCGUCACCAGCAACUUCCGGCCGUAUUGACGAUAUUACACCCAUUAUCUCACACGUUUCUGACCUAUGUGCUUCAGCUGCGCAUUCAUCCUGAAAGAGUCUCUGGUUUAGGUGGAUUCUGAUGAGAAUCAUGAAUCUUAUAGAUGCUCAGUCUCGAUGGUGGUAGAAAUGUUUUGGCUGAUGCCCACAUCUAAUCUUUGUCGCAUAAUACCGUCAUCAGACGUAACUGUGUUCAUACUGCAGCUACACUGUACCCACACUGCAGGUGGAGACAUGUGAAUGCUCUACUCUGA